UGUCUAGGAAAGGGGCAGCAUGUGGCCUGCCAGUUUUCAGUGGUAAGAUAACAGCAGAUAUACAGAAAUGUGUCUACUAAUAUUGUUGGUUGGCCUGACUCUGGCUUCAGAAGACGAACAGCAAUACUGUGGGGGGGGGGGGCGCUACACACACCUGUGUCUAGGAAAGGGGCAGCAUGUGGCCUGCCAGUUUCCAGUGGCGGGUUCGGGGCCUAACUGUCAAAACUACUCGAGGAUUCGUUUCACCGCUGAACUUCGGAAUGUCAUCACUAACUUCAUUAACAAAAGGCGGCAGAGGAUAGCGGCUGGCCAUGAGAGAGUGAGAGGAGGCAAACACAUACCCACUCCGCAGGUUAUGAUGCUUGUUGAAUGGGAUGUAGAGUUGGCGAGACUUGCUCAGAGAUUGGCUGACCAAUGCUACUUUGUCCAUGACGACUGCAGAGCUACAGUUCGGUUCCCCUACGCCGGCCAAUCCGUAGGCGAAGUGCGGUGGCGACAUCUGAGCGACAACUACGAACUGAGCGCUCAGCGCGCCAUUCGGCGCGUGUUCGACGCCUGGUGGGGCGAGCGGAGGCGGGUAGAACCGCACCAGCUGGUGAACCCUUUCAGGAUUAGCGAAAAAGGCCUAGCCUGGGGCCACUUCAGCCAACUGGCAGUAUGGUCGCUCCGCGCUGUCGGCUGCGGCGCCGUCCGCCACGGCGAAGACUACCCUCGCCUGUUACUAGUCUGCGACUUCUCCCAUACCAACAUGCUUGGGGAGAAGACGAUUAUUCCGGGGGAAGUCGGGCCGUGCCCGGAUCAUACGAGGAGGAAAGGGAGGUCUAACUUCCCUCUGCUGUGUGCUCCGGUAAAAGAACAAAUCAAGAACUCGCGAGUGGUCGAUGAAGAUGUUAUGGACGAGUCCGAUUAUGAUGACGAGGAAGGCAACUCUGAGGUGCUGCAGGAGAAUUUGAAGAAACUCGGCGUGGUUGCCACUGGGAAACCAAAACAACGGUACGGGGAAGAGGAAUGGGCCGGAUACAACAGAUUGAAACCGACCGAAGAAACAGACAUCGAAGAAAUCGCCACACCGAAGAAAUGGACCGCGGGAACAUAUAUAGGUCAUCACGAAAUCAUCAGUGAUGAUGAAUCAGAUUACAUUACUAAUUUACAAGGUACAAAAGCUCCAUUCAAGAAGCUGAGGAUUAAAAUGAGACCUAACACUACUCAACCAACCAUUGGGAGGAAGGUUUUUAUAGACGAGGAGGAAUAUAAGAGUGUCACAGAGAAAAGUGAAAGAAUUAACCGCGAGGACCAGGACAACGACGUGCCAGAAACGCUUAUUCUAGCAAAUACCGCCACCUCCCCAUUCGUUUUGGACACCAAGCUUCGGAGUCAGAAACGGCUCAAUCAUCGAAUCGGCUCUACUACGCCCAGGGAGCGGGUAUCGUUUGCUGAUCAUCCGCCCUCCAACUUCCACGAGCUCACCUGGACCCAUAGACGACAUCCACCCAAUAUACUCUGA